CUCUGGCAGUCAGCCGCAAAGGAUCAAUUGACAGCUCAGUUUUAUUGAGAUCAUCGAUAAAACCAAUAGCAGCAAGACGGGAAUUACAGCACCUGCCACUUUGGUGAUCCCUGUACCUUACAACAGCCACCAGCUCCACUGACGUAGACCGUCUUACACUUGCCUCUCAAAACUGUUAACACGGUUAUGAUCUAUUAAAGACAACCAUCGUCAACUGAUUCUGGAUCAGCUUUAUAUUAAGCAUCUACCACUCUUACACUCAAUCUUGGCAUUUUUUGAGAGAUAAACUACCCACGUUGAACGCUACCGACCUCGUCAUUGAUAUACAGACCGCCUCACUGCCUGCUAUACAUCGUCCUAUCAUCCCAACGCCUGAUAAUGGAGUCUGUACAGAAGGCCGUACGUGAUGCUGCAGACGGCUUGCGUAACCUCGCUUUCGGCCCACAGCAAGUCACAGAAGCUGCUACUCAACAUGGCGAGGAACCCGUCUCCGGCGUGCAGGGUCGAGGAACGCCCACUGAUCCAUACGACGCUGGAAACCGAGAUGAACAACCAGGCGCCCCUCAAACUCAAGACAACACCGCCGUUAUCCCCGAGCCACUCGAAUCAAUUACACCCAUUGAAACCAAGCCCACGGACGUCAGUUCCGCCAACAGCACCUCGGACCAGGGAGCCGGAGCCGGAGCAGGAGCAGGGCUCCCUACCGCUCUCCCUGUAGCUCCGCAGCCAUCGUCCACACCUACACAGGAAAAGUCGCAGUCGCAAUCUACAACCCCCAACACCAACCCAGACCCCGGAUCCGGACCCAGCAACCCAGCCACCAUGCCCGACGGCGACAGCAGCUCGCAGCAGAAGGAGGACGGCGGCGUACCUGGCGGUGUUGAGCGCGCCCCGCCUACCACGACGCAGCAGGUGAGCGUCGAGGCGCUGAAGGGGCCGCAGGGUCCUGCGCCUCGGGAUGCGUAUGAGUUCGAGAAGGAGAUUGACGGGCAGCCGUCGAAGAGGAGGACUGACCAAGAUACGAAUGAGAAGGGUGAUUCGGGGAAUCACCAUCAUAGGAUGGGACACGUGAAGGAGCGGCUGGGGAAGGUGUUCAAGCAUGGUAAUCAUUGAGAUCGGGAUACUGAAUGAUUGGAGGUUCGGUUGGAUUUCAUUCAUUUGAUUUAUGAGUAAAGCUUCGGCUUAAUGUAUCGC